AUGUCUUUUAAUGAGGAUGCCGUUUUGGCCAAAUUUUCGGCAUUAGCGGAAACACAAGACUCCAUUGUUAGUAUUGCUCAAUGGGUUAUGUUUCAUCGCAGAUACGCCGGUCCUAUUGCUGAAAUAUGGGAUCGUGCGAUUAGAACAGCUCCUCAAAACAAGCGCCUUGCCUUAGUAUAUUUAGCGAACGAGGUUGUUCAACAAUCUCGCGCAAAAAAGCGGGAUGAGUUUGUUAAAGCUUUUGCAAAGGUAGUACCUGAAGCAAUGGGGUUUACGUUUCGGCAAACAUCUAAUGCUGAUACUAAAUCAAGAAUUAAACGUGUAGCAGAUGUUUGGCGCCAACGAAAUAUUUUUUCAGAAGACGUUUUAAAUAAAGUGGAACAGGCUUUUACAGAACCAAAGCGAUUAGGCGGGUCAUUGAAAUUUGGUGCUGCUGCUGGAUCAUCGAGUAGAUUUGGGCAAUUAUCAUCAACAUCAGCAACCCCUGCUGAAUUGCCGGCAUUUCUAAGCAAAUUGCUCACAAUGCACAAAUCUUUAACUGCUAGUAUCGCUGUUUCUGAUCUUUCAUCUAAAACAGUUUUAGCUGACUACACGGCUCUUGUAGAAAGUGAUUCUUUACCAGCUCCAAAGGAAUAUUCCAAAAAACUGAGCAAUUUGGAGCCGCGACUAAUAUCUGCUCAUGCUAACCUAUCAAAACAAAUAUCUGCUCGACGAGAUUUGAUUGAUCAGCUUAAAUCUCUUGCUGAAUCUAGCGAGUCUCUUUUAAAGGAGGAUGAAGACAAACUGAAGGAUUUGGAGCAAAAGCAACUUAAAGUAAAAGACCUUCGAAACGAUCUAAGUGAAAUGCUGGGAUAUGAAGAAGAAACAAAAGAAUCAGAACACUCUACAGAAGGAUCGACUACUCCACCGUUCGAACCGCCUAUUUCAAAGCAUGGAGGCUCUACAUCUAAAUCAUCUACAUUUUUAUAUGAAGAUGAUUCUGAGGGAAAUUCUUUAGCUACUGGUACUUCGACACCUCCUGCCCCUCCUUCGGAUCCCACUGAUAAAACUUUUGGUGGAUUUUCAAUAGUUGAUGAUGACGACGACGAAAAAGAAACAACUACAUCUCAAGCCAGCCAUCGAAACAACGGCCGAAAGUCUGUCACAUUUGACACAUCGGCGCCUACAUAUGCAUCGAGCUCUGAAAGUGAAGAGAGUGAUGACGAGAGAUCUCACCCUCUCAAGCGCCAAAAACUAAAGGCUGGUGAAAAAGAUUUAAACAAAGAAUCUGGCAAUUUUACUAAUACAACCCAAACGAGUAAAGGACCUGAUUCUAAUAUAAAAGGAUUUGAAGGACUGGAUCCAAAAAUUGCCCAAUUUUUAUCAAGCUUUGCAAAAGGAAAUUCUGUUUGA